AUGGCGGCCACGAGAGGAGGUGCCUACACCUUCGCAACCUCCAUCUCACUCCUCCUGCUCAUCCCCGUUGCUCUCGCAAAGGAUCACACCCAUGUCACCAGCACCAGCUACCUCGUCAGAGGUUCCUCGGUGUCCAUCCAGGACGGCACCAGGGCCACCACCAUGACCAUCCUGGCGUCGCCCAAUGGCGUCUUCGCCUGCGGCUUCUACAGGGUGGCCACCAACGCCUACACCUUCUCCAUCUGGUUCCGCGGCUCGGCGGCGCCCAAGACCGUCUCGUCGACGGCCAACCGCGACGCGCCGGUGAACGGCAGGGGGUCCAGGCUCGCCUUCCGGAAAGACGGAGCACUGGCCCUGCUCGACUACAAUGGCGCGGCCGUAUGGAGCACCAACACGACCGCGACCCGUGCCAGCCGUGCCGAGCUCCUCGACAGCGGCGACCUCGUCGUCGUGGACGCGGACGGCCGGCGCCUCUGGGGGAGCUUCGACUCGCCCACCGACACGCUUCUGCCGUCGCAGCCGAUGACUCGGCACACAAAACUGGUGUCUGCAUCUGCCAGGGGUUUGCUCUACUCAGGGUUGUAUGCAUUCUACUUUGACAAUGACAACCAGCUCAAGCUCAUCUACAACGGCCCUGAGGUCAGUAGCGUAUAUUGGCCUGACCCUUUCACCACCCCGCUUGUGAAUCACAGGACUACUUACAACAGUAGCCAGUAUGGGGUUCUUGAGCAGAGAGGCCGGUUUGCCGCGAGCGACAACUUCAAGUUUGAAGCUUCUGAUCUCGGUGAUAAUGUCAUGAGGAGGUUGACUCUGGAUUACGAUGGCAACCUUAGGCUCUACAGCCUGAACGCGACAACCGGCAGCUGGUCAGUCUCUUGGAUGGUAUUCCGCGGAGUCUGCAAUAUUCAUGGACUCUGCGGCAAAAACAGCCUCUGCAAGUACAUACCCAAGCUCCAGUGCUCUUGCCUCAGAGGCUUUGAGGUGGUCGAUGCAAGCGACUGGAGCAAAGGGUGCAGGCGCAAGGCAAACCUCAGGGCCACCCAGGAUUUCUCAUUCAGAAAGGUCGCGGGAGCAGAUUUCAGUGGGUAUGACUUGCUCUACUGGGAGCGGGUGACAAUUCGGAACUGCAAAGAUUUGUGCCUGGACAAUGCUAAUUGCCAAGCCUUUGGUUACCGGCAGGGAGAAGGAAAAUGUUUCACAAAGGUCUAUCUUUUUAACGGCAAGAACUUUCCAAACCCUCACACUGACAUUUAUCUCAAAGUUCCCAGGGGAGUGUUGUCUUCAUCAGAAUUGGCUUCUACGGUAACCCAUGAAUGCAAAGUUCAUCAAAAGGAGGCCAACACUUCAUCGCUAAUGUUCCAGGAUGGCUCUUCUAACUUCAAGUUUGGCUACUUCCUUUCUUCUGCAUUGACACUGCUUUUCAUUGAAGUUAUAUUAAUCAUCGCCGGCUGUUGGGUUGUUCACAAAUGGGAGGGAAGACCAGAGAUUGUAGAUGAAGGUUACACGAUAAUUUCCAGCCAGUUCCGAAUAUUUAGCUACAGGGAGUUACAGAAGGCAACCAAUUGCUUCCAAGAAGAGCUAGGAAGCGGUGGAUCAGGAGCAGUUUACAAGGGAGUCCUCGAUGAUGAAAGGAAGGUCACAGUGAAGAAGCUAAACGAUGUGAUCCAAGGAGAGCAGGAGUUCAGGUCUGAGCUAAGUGUCAUAGGCAGAAUCUAUCAUAUGAAUCUCGUCAGAAUUUGGGGGUUUUGUGUCGAGAAGACACACAAGCUCUUGGUUUCAGAGUUCAUUGAGAAUGGUUCUUUGGCCGCGGUUCUUUUUGAUCACCAGAGUGAUUCUCCUGUGCUCCAAUGGGGCCAAAGGUACAAUAUUGCACUUGGGGUGGCAAAAGGAUUGGCCUAUCUCCAUCAUGAGUGUCUUGAAUGGAUUGUGCACUGCGAUGUCAAGCCAGAGAACAUAUUGUUAGAUAGAGAGUUUCAGCCCAAGAUUGCAGAUUUUGGACUGAUGAAGCUACAACAGCGAGGAUCAGGCGCACAUAUGUUGUCAAAAGUGCAUGGGACUAGAGGCUACAUUGCACCAGAAUGGGCUCUAAAUCUUCCAAUCAAUGGGAAGGCCGAUGUUUACAGCUACGGCGUAGUGCUUCUUGAGUUAGUGAAGGGGGUUCGUCUUUCCAGAUGGGUGGCUGAGGGCGAGGAGGAGGUUGAAAUGGCUGGUAUAUGCUCUAUUGAAAUCCUUAAAGAAAAACUAGCAGGCGAAGACCAGUCAUGGCUUCUGGAGUUUGUUGACCACAGAUUGGAUGGAGAAUUCAACCAGUCAGAAGCUACAGUAAUGCUUAAGAUAGCAAUAUCAUGUGUGCAACAGGACAGGAGCAGAAGACCAAGCAUGAGCCACGUGGUCGAAACUUUGCUUUCACUUGUGGAGUAA